CACGGGGCGUUCAAUAAUCGUUCGACUACAAACGCGAAAUCAGUUCAGUCGACUGGUGGCUGUUGGCUCAUUUCGAUCAAAAUGAGAACAUUUACGGCGCUCGGUUUACUCCUCGUCUUCUUCCAUGAUGGUUCUGAAGCUAGCUUGGAUCUCGACCUCUUCUCGUUAAGUUGUAAAAAUUAUGACAAUCCGUCGCCGAUGUUGAACCUGAAGAGGCAUCUCUUUUGCCAAUACGAUCGCACUAUUCGUCCGACUCUUUCUCAUCAGAUCGUCAACAACGUGACCAUGAAGCUGUUGCCAAAGAUCCUGGAAUUCGACGAAUGGAACAGCCGGUUGACGUUGCACAGUUGGAUGGCACUCACGUGGACCGACUCGCAUCUGAAUUGGAAACCAAGCGAUUUCGAUGGGAUCAAUUUUAUUCACGUGAAAAGCGACGAGAUAUGGGUGCCCGAUUUGUCGGUUUACAAUUCUGGCGAUAUGGCGAUAGAUCAGACAGGGAUACCUUCGACUACUUGCCUGAUAUUCAGUUCAGGAUCGGUCAGUUGUGUGCCAUCCUUGAGACACACUGCCAAAUGUUCCACCAAUUUCGCUCACUGGCCUUACGACACUCACCAUUGUCGUAUCAAUUUUGGCUCUUGGUCCCAUUCCGGGGAGGAAGUGAAUUUUAAUUUAGACAAAAAAGCGUUUCAAAUGGACGGAUACACGAACAAUAGUCAAUGGGAUUUUAAAGUAACAGACGCGUACAAAGUUCUGAAGAAAUACAAAUGUUGCCCGAACGAUACUUAUCCCAUGAUCGUUUACGAGUUAUAUAUAAGUCGGCAUUAUGGGAUGCUGCAUACCACGUAUGUCACGCCUGCUAUCGUUGUGAUGUUGCUAACAAUAACAGUUCUUUGGUUGGAUUCGAGAUCCAUAGAAAGAAUUGCCUUGGCUAGCGUCAACUUAAUUUGCCAUAUACUUUGCAUAUUUGACAUGCAUUGGCAAUUACCGCACAAUGGUACAAAUCCGCCUUACAUACUACUUUAUUACCGGGAUUCGCUGGCAAUGGCGGUGUUCGCGUUAGUUUUAACCGCUCUACUACGGAAAAUGCAAGACAUGAGCAUCGAUGUACCAAACUGGAUCUCAACGACGACGACGUUCGUGCUGAACAACCGUGCCGGACGUUUCCUAAUUCUCACCGACGAUAAUGGUAAGUUAUCCAACAGUGGAAUACUCGGAGGAGAGAACGAAGAGAAUUCGGAUCUCCCGAAAACAGAGGCUAGGUCCAAAGAAUCGUCUUGGAGACUGUUCGCAGCCAUCAUCGAGUGGAUAUCAUUCUUUGCGGUGGUUUUUACUUAUAUCAUCAUUCUGGCCACUUUGGUGCUAGCUACUUGAAAAAGAAAAGCUUUUUUUUUAUUCUACGUUUCAUCGAUUGUAGAUUCUCAUUGUCAAUAAACGAUCAUUUAUAGCGA